GCCAGGACGGCUCCCACCCGUUGCAACCACUGUGCGGGCCACUUUUGUUCGUCGCCGUUCGCGCCGACAGAAUGCGACUCGCAGGGUCCAUCGUCCAGUGGGUCGACGAUGGCGAAUUCAAUUUCAAGUUUACGUUGAAGAAACAUUACACAAGUGAUGGUUCUAUCGAUGGCAUCGCAAAGGGAUGCAAGGUUGCCGGAAGGAUGUUCGGCGGGUAUGGCCGUCGUGUGAUGUCUUUGCCUCACUUUCUCCUGCUAGCGCCGGGGCACGACGAGGCCGUUCACAUCACAGACUUCCUCGAGGUGUGGGCGAAAUCUGGUACCUCUGUCAGUGCCGUGGACGUCGGACCUGGAAAUCGAUCAGUGGUCCUAUUGGGUUCGCGGAAGGAGAGUGCUCUGAAAGGGAGAUGGGAGGUUCGAGAGGUGCGUGGGUCAGAUGAAACGACUCGCCGGGCCCAACCAGCGUCGGGGGAACUACAGACGGAGUUGAGCCAGGAACGAGAAGCGAGUGGGAACGUCGCCGGUGAGGAGGAGGUGUCCGAGCAGGGGCUGUUCGGUGAGAGAUCGGCUGAAAAGACUCAGUCGGGAGGCAAGCGCAACUUGCCGGAGGAGGAAGAGCGAGAGGGACUAGGUGCUCUGAAAAGGCAGAGAAAGGUAGGAGGGAGUGCUCGGAAGCCAACAACACGAGAGGGUGGUUCCGUUGAGAAGAGGAAAAGUGUUGGAGGUGGGGAUGAAAUGCCAAAAGACUCGUCGACACAGCGAAGAACCGGUGACUCUUCCGGGAAAAGGGCGAAAUCAUCGAGGGGGAAGAAAGCAGACGAGGGCGACAGCGGGGAGGGGGAUGAUGACGUGGAGAUUAACCUCAACGCCUUUAACCUCGACAAUGAGUUCUUCCUCGAGAUGCAGACAGGGGUGCAGAAGGACGUCGUGUUGCACAUCCAUCCCGAAAUAAUUUUAGCUAUUCCAGACUGGGAAGACGCGUACAACCACCGAUCCUUGGACAAGUUCCUCGUUGAUACCAUCGCGUCGGCUAUGACCGACUGCUACGAACGUAAAGACAUGAGAUACACGAACCCCAUUUUCGUUCUCGCUCCGAUCGUCGCGCCUCCAGAGAACGGCGAGCCUGCUGUGCGCGUGCUGCCUGCUGACUUCGACAACUCACACCCAGAGAAAUACUGGUAUUAUCCUGUGUGUGGACAGCAUAAUGCGAGGGCGGCGAUGAUGGUGAAAGACCAUCCCGUGUUUGAUUACUACAACUUCUGUAAAUGGCCGUUCGGACCGAUCUACUUCCCUGACGACGAGUUCAACGGCUACGCCCAUGUCAGCUAUGACUCCGUCUUCGCUUUGGGGUUGAAGUUCUAUGAGGAGUGGUCGAAAGGGAAACUCCUCGCUUCCGACAGUCGGCGUUGGAUUGAAAAGCCGCCCACCCAUGAGGAGGUGGCCAAGCCAGGCCUCUCCACUAUGACUGACAGCCAGGGGCUGAAGAAACACGUCUGGUACGUGAAGGUGGACGACCCGUCGUUGAAAAAGGGGAAGGGGAAGCCAAAGAAAGGCGCGGAGGAGAAAACUUUCUACGUCCAAGUUCCGGAGCCGGAUGUCUACUGCUGGAAGGAAUUGGUGGACUUGACGGACCGCGAGAAUAAAAGGUUGUUGAACAGCGUCUUGAACCUUAACGUCGUGUGGGUUCAAACGAGUAGCAAAAAGUUGGCCGAGCAGGGGACGUUCAGUGUCAAGGAGUUGGUCGACAUAAUAAAAAUGGACUGGAUUAUGCUGAGGCUGAGACACUACUUGGAGUUCGAGUACGAGGAAAUGAAUAAGUGGGAGUGGAAUGCCAACUCCACGUUCUUCAGGUCCAAGAAGCAACUGUUCGAAGAGUUCAAGGACAGAGGUCUCGACGACAAGCUUUGGAACGAGAGUAGGAAAUUUUUCACGGACACCACAUACGUCAACAAGUGCCCUCAGUUUCUCGGGUGUCAUCACGACAACAACAUCAAGAGAACGGCGGCCCUCGUCAACGACCAGCAUUUCCCGGCGGAGUGGAAGCGUGUCGUCCUUUCGGACUACUGGACAUUGGUGGUAUUCGUCCCCUGCUUGUGGAACCUAUCCUUCAUGAUAUGUUUGUCUGCGCUUGGGGCUACCCGAUGCUACACGGGGAAGUGGGUUCGGAAGACGGCAUCGAAGAAGACGCAUCAGUUCGGAAACAGCGUCUCGGAGGAGCCGGAUGUGAUGCACAUCCUUUUCAAAGGCGAGGAUCCUCGGCUAUUGACUCACCCGGUGUACGAGGGAGCUGUUGCUGAAGACGACGACGCCGCUCUCCGGAGGAAACAAAAAGUGACACCCACGGAUGUGGAGGAGAACUAUUUCAAGUCUUUGACUUUCGCGGACAUCGGAAACGUGACCCAGAGGGGGGCUCUGUACAAGGACGGCGAGCGGAAUCCGAAUCAGUUGUGCAAUCAGCUUCUUUUCUUCUGUGGUGUGGCGGAUGUCUAUGUCACCCAUGAAGUGUCGUCCAAGGCUUACCCAUGUGAUUUCCACCACGUCGUGGUCGAGCCCGUUUAUGACCCGAACAAGGACAUGUUCUUCAAGUUGACUCCGAAGAAAAGGCGCCAGGUCUACCCCUUCCUUUACGGCGAACAACCAAGGUUGAGAUUUGACCAGCAGUACGUGGUGCGGAAGGAAGUCGCCAUUGCGGUCCUCCAGGGCUACCACAGAGCGAGUCGGGCCGGCGCUGUGAGCUUCAUUAAGAGGCUGGAAUAUGUCUUUUUUAACGAGGAUGUUGUUGAUCCGGCCGACUUCACUUUGGAUAAGUACAAGCUGGCAUUCGGUGAGGAGGACGACUUCAAUAUCGAGACUGAGCAGGAGGAGAGCAUUGAGGACAACCUCUUCGAUUUGGACGGAGAAUUGUCAAAUAAAUGGUUGGAAGUGUCCUCCGCGUUCUACGCCCUUCCGUCAAGCCCGUCAAUUAAGCAAGUGAGUUGGGAGUUGUCUGGGGUCACCCCGCCGGCAGGAGUUGUGAAGGGCAAGUCUCGCGGAAAGGACGGCGACGGGGAUGGUGAAGGCGGCGGGCAACGAGGUACCGGAGGUGGAAGUGAAAAGCGUUCGACGAAACAGUGGUCUCCGGGGCACGCAAGCGGCGGAGAGGGGAAAAAGGGCAGCCUAGAGAAGAAGAAGCUUCGCAGCGGAGAGAAGACAAAGCAUCACAGAGGAGACGGGCAGGGGGCCGAUGUCGACCGCGGUGAGGACGGUGGGGUUCUGGCGGUAACAGGCCGCACCUCUAUGGAGACGGGGAACGGCUUGAGGCCUGGGUGUAUUACGCGGCCUGGCGAGGAGGACCAUGUGAUUAGCUCCACCAGCGAAACACAGUUUAUCGAUGCGGUUGGCGGGGCGGGUGUCACAAAGCAUGGAACAUGCUUCGCUCAGCUGCAAAAACGGUUGGCGGAUUGUCUCGGAUCAAUCCAAACCUCGGAGACGACCUCGUUGUCCGGAACUCAAUGCCUUCCGGGAAGCGAGACGACAACAUACCACGGGUCCGGCAGCGAUAAGCUGGAACCGUGUUCCGUUUCGCCUCAAAAGGAAUUUCAGAUUAAUCCGAACCGCGAAGGCCGUGCCAUCGAGGGAGCACGACUGUCUACAGAACUCGAACGGGUGGUCCGGGUUUCCGAAAACCCUGGCGACGGAAUUCGGAUUCAUCCGAACCAGGAAGCCGUGUCUGCCAUGACAAACCAUUGGUGUCAGGAUGCAGUAAUGUUGUGCGUGGAAGCCCACAAGGAGCUGCAGGCGGACUGUCAGACAGAGGGUGAGUUGGCGACCAGUUCCAAUGUCGAGCCCAACAGAUUUGGAGCCGAGUUAGCAGUCGUAAGCGACUCCCCAGUGAAAGCGGUCAUGUCGGCGUCAUUGGGAACUGCGGGGGCUCAGAUGAAUCCGAACCAAGGCCCUGUGAACAUCUCCCUCCCUGAUGCAUCUUUGGGGACGACCGUGAUUCGGAUUCAUCCGAGGCAUACGGACGAAGGACUUCAACUGGCAGGCGUUGAGGGUUGUCGACUACUGACGACUUUGGACAAGGACAAUUUUGCCGACGACCGGAUUGAUCCAACACUCAAGGACGUCGGGAUGGAGCUACCAGUUCAGCCGGGAUACGACGAUCCCUUGUACUCCGCCCUUCACAACGAGGCGACGGGGGAGGACGAUCUGAAGAAGGCCUCUGACGCUGUUGGAGAUAGAUUUCUCUAUUUGAGUGACGACGACAAAGACACAGCGUACGGGGACAAGAAGUUAAGGGGGGGAGAGGUGUUGUUGGACAUCCAUGGGACAUUGAGCCCAACACAAUACGACACAGUGGCAAUGGAGAAAACACAACCUGCCGAUAUUGUGGACGUCGACGAUCUUUGUCCGGAGAUGAAUAUACCGUCUACAGUCAUCGACGCCGACAUCUCGAGCCUGUCAAGUUUCCCUGUGGGUUUGGAGCACGUCGUCGCCUCGUCGACGCGCGCAGGGGUGCCAAUCGGUGGGCUCUGGUGAAGUGGUAGCUAGGCCUGGUAAGCACUGACUUUCUCUGCUUUCUUCCCGCUCGUCUGCCCGUUCGU